AUGACGAACCUAAAGCACGAGCGGAGCCUUGCGACGGCGGGUUUAGAGGUGAUGACCAUAUGGGAUUUUCGCGAGUACAUGUUCUCGCUCGAAAACCUGAAGGAGAACCUCACUCCGGCCUUGCGGUACUCAUGGCAAUGCCUCGCAGCCGCCACCUUCGUCAAGGCUGUCCAGCUCUACUUCUGGCCCUCGCCGGAGCCCAAGGUCGUGGGAUGGGCCCUGACUGGGCUGACCGUUUAUCACGCCGGUUUCACCCUGGCCUACCGCUGGUUCCUGCACCUCAUCGGCCGCUGCCAACGCCACACCGAACAACUCGCGCACAAUGUGAAGGAGCUGCUCCGACAGCGAGUUAGCGAAGGCACAUAUCGUGAGGGCGGCGUCGAGGAUCUCUCCGAGGACGAUGUCCGGGCUUGGUGCGGGCGGGAGUUCAGAGUUCUCAACUAUGUCGCCUCGAACCGGGCCGUCCGAUCUGACUUCUACCAAUCGGGCCCGGUUUGGGGCAUUUUCGAAUUCUUUGCGGGCUGGUACAUCAUCUGA